UCAAGCAUAAAUUCUCGUCCUGCAUUGAGUGUUCAUCAUAAAUAUUUCAUAAUUUAGCUUCAUUUAAUCAAUUACUUUCCUCUCUCUGAAAAAAUGUCUUGCUGUGGAGGAAACUGUGGCUGCGGCUCUGGCUGCAAGUGCGGCAGUGGAUGUGGAGGGUGCAAAAUGUACCCAGAAGAGAAGAGUACUACAGCUCAGACCCUAGUUAUGGGCCUGGCACCCCAGAAGGAGUACUUUGAGGGAUCUGAGAUGGCUGUAGAAGACGAUAAUGGCUGCAAGUGUGGAGCCAACUGCACCUGCGACCCUUGCAAAUGCGGAAAAUGAGAGACCACCCUAUUAACCAGCCUCUACAAAAGCAGAGAAACCCCUCUAUCAUCAAUAUAUAUAUAUAUAGUUAGCAGUGUUGUCUUGUGUUCUUGUGGGGCUAUGAAGCUUGUAUGAUGAUCACAAGCUUUUAUCUUUAAAUAAAUUGGAGUUUGGUUAAUUUCAUGGUUGCUUUGUGUUUGGGUAUCUUGUAUAUGUAUGUGUUGGCAAAAGGAAGUGAGUGUGACAAAUGAAUGAAUCAAUACUUCUUUCUUUUGAUAUUA